CCGCGAGGGCCUCUGAGUUCGUAGGAGGCCGCCGCGAACGACGCACGCGGCAGCGGCGAGGGCGCCUCUCGACGGCCAAGUUGUGGCUCCCUGGCCAGCAGGACUGAUUCAGGCCCGAAGACAGCUCGGGGUCUGCCGCCCAUUUCCAGCCCAGGUCACGUCAGGCUCAAUGAGUCCCGGUGGAUGUGGCUAGACCAGCUGAGUGUUCUGAACUGGAUCGAUCUUAUCGACGCCACUGAAAACUCCCCCUCGCCGACUAGCUCGACACGGGAUGUGCGGUAGCCCGCUGAACUGGUCGCAAGAGUUGCUGGAGGCUGCGAGCUGAGCCGGACAGGACGAGGGACCUCGCCAACUCGAUUAAGCAAAGCUCCGCCGACGCAAGGUCGCGGCACAUUGCCUCCUCCACCAAACGGGUCCGACCGCGGUUAUACUGAACGCAUCACAGCACCGGGCGGCACUGAGUGACGCACCGCGGUAGCCUUCGGCGAGCGCGGCGGAACAGCUCUCUCCUCCACGCUGGCGGCCGCCAUGUUCACGCGCGCGCACUCGUCGGACGCCGUGUAUGACAGCGAGUGCCGUGGCAGCGACGGCGAGUGCUCGGUCCACCUGUUGGCCGACCGGCACGACUCGUGCAGCGAGCUGGAGCGGCCGGCGCAGCCAUGCGGCGCCUACCUCUGGCCCUUCUGCUUCCACCUGAUGGACAGCUACGAGGCCAUCCCGCGGGUGCGUGUGGAAUACUACGUCAACGAGAACACCCUGAAGGAGCGGUUACACCUCUACUUCAUCAAAAAUCAAAGAUCUAGCCUUCGGAUACGUAUUUUCAACUUGGUGAUAAAGCUGCUACCUGUGUGCUGUACAUCGUCCGAGUCGCCAUUGACGGACGACCCGAUCAUGGCAAAAUG